GGUCAGACUGGUGGUCAGACCAUCAUCCCUGGUGUCAACGCUGCGGUUCGUCUCCUCUUGUAUCAGCGUCGGGACAAACUUCAGUCUCGUGCAGAAUAAAUGUCCACAUCUGAUGGAAAGACCGUUUGAAAACAGCCUCUGCUUCUACUUCGUUGUUUGCGAAUCAGUGUGUUGACUUUACUUCGGCAGGAUUAUUCCACUCAGUCUCAAACGAGCAGGUCAAUGAAAUACGCUUGAGCUCCUUUGUAAAUGAAAGGAAAUCAGGGAUCUUACCUGGAAAUUUGUCUUCAUCAAGAUGAAACUCAACCAAUCAGAAGAUCAGGCCCCUGAAAACUCGUCCCCUUCAUCUUCUGGGACACCAAACCUGCGGGUUUCCGAAUGAACACAAAAAGAAAAUAUGACGGAAUAACUUUCCAGACUCACUGGCGUGUUACUCGGCCUGGACCGGGUUUUAUCUUUUCACCUGAACCUGAAGCGACAGGCUGACAUGCAUCAGCACAGAGUUGGUUUUAUUUCUAACGCAGGGCUGUUUUCAGUCUGAAGGCUGAUUAAACAGCAGUUAGAGACCCUGCUGACCCCUCCUCAAGCAAAAGAUCCUCUUUCAACCAUUGACAGAUGAUGUUGCGUGUUGUAGUGUGUGUGGUGGUCCUCUCUGGUCUCGUCCACACUGGACCGACUGACCUCUGGUCAUCUAUGCUGAGACUGUCUGACGUCCACCGAUGCUCCAAUAAACCACAGCAGACGCUGGACCCUGAAGUGCACAUGAACAUUACGGAGAUAAUCGAACGCUGGGGUUACCCCGCGGAGGAACACGAGGUGCUGACGGAGGACGGGUACAUCCUGACUGUUAACAGGAUCCCACACGGACUCAGACACACUCCAGGUCCGAAGCCAGUGGUGUUGCUCCAGCAUGGCCUCCUGGCUGCCGGCAGUAACUGGAUCACCAACCUGCCAAACUCCAGUCUGGGAUACGUGCUGGCCGACAACGGAUACGACGUGUGGUUGGGAAACAGCCGAGGAAACACCUGGUCCAGGAAACACCAGACGCUCCGACCAGACCAGGAGGACUUCUGGAGGUUCAGUUAUGAUGAGAUGGCUCUGAAGGAUCUUCCAGCUGUUGUAAACUACAUCCUGAAGGUGACCGGACAGGAACAGAUCUAUUACGUCGGACACUCUCAGGGAACCACUAUAGCAUUCAUAGCGUUCUCCAAGCUGCCCGAACUGGCCAGUAAGAUCAAGAUGUUCUUUGGUCUGGCUCCUGUGGCGACCGUCGCCUUCACCAGCAGCCCCAUGACCAAAAUGUCCUGCCUGCCAGAGUGGUUCAUCUGGGACCUGCUUGGUAGGCGGGACUUUCUGCCUCAGUGUCACAUCAUCGAGUGGUUCGCGGAACACGUGUGUGCGGAGCGGCUUCUCAGUGAGCUGUGUGGAAACAUCUUCUUCGUCCUCUGCGGCUUCGAUGAGAAAAACCUCAACAUGACCCGGACUCCGGUCUACGUCACACACAAUCCUGCUGGGACCUCAGUCCAGAACAUGGUCCACUGGGCCCAGGCCGUUAAAGGAGGGAAACUGAUGGCGUUUGACUUUGGAGCUGCAGGAAACCUGAAGCACUACAACCAGUCCACUCCCCCUGAGUACCGCGUCCAGGACAUGAAGGUUCCCACCGCUCUGUUUUCGGGGGGACAGGAUACGCUGGCGGACCCCAAAGAUGUGGCUAUGCUCCUCCCUCAGGUGUCUAACCUGGUCUUCCAUCGGCACAUUGAACACUGGGAACAUCUGGAUUUUAUCUGGGGCCUGGACGCUAAUGAGCAGAUGUUUCCCUUCAUCCUGAAGCUGCUGCAGGACCACCGUUAGAGGCCGACGCGCCGAGCAGACCGAUGCACCUCAGGGAAACCGGCAGACGAACUCAACACCAACACCUCGUACCCAGCAGCUGCAUCAGACCGUUUCCAUGUUAUUCAUUCAGACGCUGCAGGUUCACUCGCUCCACAUCUGUGCAGCUUGACUUUCCGGGUCAGGAACCAAACGCAUCAUUGGCACUGACGAGACAAAACACGAUGACCACCUGUGCACCACCGCCCCUGCAGCCCUGCGUGUCGAGAAGCUCCGGUGUCUUGGCCCGGGUGUGGUUUAUGAACUGGUGGGUGACGUCUCGACAGGGAAUGAAGACAUAGGUGAACACAGACGUCCUGCACCAAUCAGAGACUGAGGGGAAACUCGGUCUCACAUUUCAGCUUAAAAUGCUUGUAUUGUGAGGUAAUAAGAGCCUCGGAUAAAGGUCAUUUUAUUGUGGAGCAGCAGAUGAAUGAGUGUAACUGUGUGAUGCAGCUGGUGUUUAAUAACUAAUAACGUAACAACUGGUUUCUAACAGACUCUGACGCAGCUGUGACCAGAUCUCAGUGUUUAUCAGCGUCUCUGUUACCGGCUCCAACUCCUCCAUCAGCGGAGGCUGCUGGAUGAACAGACGAUGAACCACAACACAGUAAAACACAUCUGGAAUAAUAUCAAAUAAGUAGAACACUGAACGUUAAUAAACUUGUUCUUAGAUCUGGUCAUAAACUACACGACAGUCCGUUAUAAACCAGUUGUUACGUGUUUAUUUACUGAUCAAAAAUGGGAAAUCUGGGACUAAAAGUAAAGCGUUAACAUAUUGUGAUUUUAUUUUCCCAACAGUUCUGAUGAACUGUUUUCUGUUUUAUUUUUCACCAAAUCGUGUAACCAGCUGGAACAGUGUCACGUGUUUUAUUAUUGUGUGUAAUGAGUCCUAUUCGGUGUGAGCCCUGCGUUUAUCUGCCUGAUAACUCAGAGGUUUUCACAUUUUUAGCUACACUAGCAACAUGGCCAGAAAACACGACAAAGCAUCCCCACGUGGCUCAUGGCUAACGUUAGCACGCUAGCAUCAGAAACAUAGAUUACUUCGACUGGUUUUUCUGGUAUUAGUCCUUUAGUAAAAAUGAAUCAUGUGCCUUGAAUGGUUGUGGGCUAAACUCGAUCGGGUUCAGAUCUCUGACUGUGGCUUUAACAGGAUUUCUUUAACGUUUCAAUCAUUCAUUUUAAACCAAAAUAUAAAUGACAAAGAGUAUGAGUGUGUUUCUGUUUCAUUUCAGUUUUAUUAACAACCGGCUGACAGAGGAAUAAAGGUUUGAUUUUCAACGAA